AUGUCAGCACAAGCCUCUGUGGGCCGGAUCAACAAAGAAGCCUUCCUGGUCUCAAUAGGUUUCUUCCUGGGGCUUGCGAUCAUCGGCGUAAUUGGCCAUUUCGUGGUCCGAUUCGGUGUGCAAAGGCACCGCCUACAGAUCGACGAUGGACUAAUCACCUUGUCAUUUGUCUUUCUCCUUGCAAGUCAAAUAAUCAUUUACAACAGAGUGGUCAACCCAAUGUUCUUGAUGGCCGCUGUCCAAAAUGGUGUCCCAGGCGUUCAGGCACCUUUAGACGCAGUGGAAAUAUCAGAAACCUAUCACAGGUGGACAGUGGCAUCUCUGAUGAUUAGCUGGUGCUCAAUCUGUGCGGUCAAGUUCUUCUUCCUAAUAUUUUUCAAAAGAUUGAUUGAUCGCUUGCGCCCAUGGCAAAUAUAUUGGUGGAUUGUGUUUACCGUCAAUUUGAUUCUUCUGUCUUUUGGAAUCACUGUCUACUAUGUCAGCUGUCCAUACUGGGGCGACAAAGCCCUCCAAUGUGCUACUGGAAAGUACAUGUCAAAUCUUGUUCGAUACUCCGCAGCCCAAAUCUCCCUAGAUAUCGUGGGAGACCUUCUCAUCUUGGUGAUACCCGUCGGCCUAAUCUGGAAAAUUCGGGUAGAUUGGACCCAGAAACUAGCGCUGGGUAGUUCUCUCUGUCUAACUUUCGUCCUCGUUGCCCUCUCAAUCACACGGGUUGCCGGCCUAAAAUACCACAAAGAAGUCGAUCUCAUCUGGGAAACAUACUGGCAAUCCAUGAGUGCAGAGCUGGGCGUUUUCCUUGCUGCGGCUAGUGCGUUCCGAACAUUCUUCGUAUCGCAGAAGCAGAACAAGCCAUAUAUCCCGACUUAUAGCCAAAGGCUAAAGGGCUCUGCAAAUAAGGGGUCGAUGGGAUCAGAACGCAAGCAAGCUGAUCUCUCUGAUACCUGGGUUGGAACAAAUCCGGCUGUCGGUGGCUUUGAGCGUCUGGCCUCUAAUGGGAAGGACUUCAGUCAACAAGAUGAUCCUGAAUGGCAUGCUAUGCUACCCACCAACUCUUCACGGGGCCCUAGUCCUGUUGAAGAGUUUGAGUGCGUGGAGAAGCCUAAGCCUGUUCGUUUACCAGAUUUUAUUUGA